UCUGCGAUAGAUGAGGAAGACAUGAGAGUGAAGUGUGUUGGCGGAGUAAAUCUAUAAUUCUGCAUAUUUAUAUUAAUCCUGUGACUAUCGCGGUAUGUUGAGCUCCACAGCAGACUCGGAACAGCUCACACACACCUCUGUCACGGCUCUGCUCGCGCGCAGAUCUCUGAAGAGACCCAGAGAUGAUGAUGAUGAUGAUGAUGAAGAGCAGCUGCAGCAGUCCUGUGUGAAUCUGCUGAUGAGGAACCAGAACACAUCACUGCUGCUGCAGGAGAUCACGGUUCAGAGGAGGAUCAGUGGUGCAGGUUUGGAGCUCCACACACACAUGCAGACGGCGGCGCUGGAGGACGAGCUGCGCAGACUCUCUCAGCUGACGGACGUCCCUCUCUCUCUGCUGUGUGUGAGGGUUGUGACUGAAGCUCUGCAGGAUCGGAUCUCACACACUGAUCACGUGCUGCUGAGCGCUGAACAGAGGGCUGAGGUGUGUGUGUUGCUGAAGUCUGCUCAAGCGCUGAUGUCUGCGGGAUUAUUCAGCUUCAGAGACGCCGCUGUGAGCUCCUGGAUCUCGGAUCAGCUGAAGGCUCUGUGUGUCUCUAUGAAGAACACAGAAGAAGAAGAAGAACAGCUGCAGAAACACAUGCUGGACACCGUGGUGUGUGUCCUGGUCAGGAGGGCUUUUGAAGACUGCACUCAUAAACUCUCUCAGAAGUGUGUCUUCAUUCUGGACUCCAUGCUGACCUGGCUGCUGGACUCACUGAAUGAUAAAGAGACAGAAACAUCAGCCGCUUCAGUCUGGAUUCAGGUGUUUGACGCAUCAGUGUUUGGUGUGUGUGUUUCUGAGGACACACUGCGGCAGUUCUUCACACACACACUCACGCGUGUUCUCACACACCGGCCCGUGUUUACAGUGUCAGAUGCCAUUGCUGUACAGAGUGACUGGAGCUUUGCUAAAACUCCUGCGCUGCUGACGGCUCUCUUCCGCAAGCUGUGUGUGUUGUUCAGUGUGCAGUGUGUGUUGGCUCAGCUCCAGCAGGUGUUGGAGACUCAUGAGGUGAACUGGCGUCUGAUCCUGUGCUGUGUGUCUCAUCUGCUGGUGUUCGACUCUCAGACGCAGAGCUGUCUCUCAGAGGUGCUGCGUGCGCUCCUCAGCUCGGCGUUCCUCCUCUUCGAUGUGGAGCAGAUGAUCAGUGUGUUCCUGCUGGCGCGGCAGGCGGCUCUCGAGGGCCCAGCGGUGUUCCAGUCCUACAGCGACUGGUUUAAGCUGUCGUUUGCUGGAGCGAGCGGCGCUCACGCUAAGAGCAAGAAGACCACUGUGUUCCUGCUCAAGUUCCUGUCAGAUCUGGUGCCGUUUGAGCCGCCGCAGUACCUGAAGGUUCAUGUCCUGCAUCCUCCGUUCGUCUCUGGAAAGUUCCGCUCGGUGCUGCAGGAGUACGUCAGCCUCGCCAGUAUCUUCAGGAGGCCGUAUUUCAUGUCUCGCUUUCUCCCAGCGCUGCUCUCGCCACGAGUGCUUCCUCCUCAAGCAGAUGGCAGGAUGUCCUUCAUCGAGGCCCUGAGGAGAGCGGAGAAGAUCCCGGCGGCGCUCUACUGCUCCUACACUGAGUCCUGUCAGAGAGAGACACACACACUCAGAGAAGGUAUGUGUGAUUCCAGUGAUGGAGAUCAUCUGAUGGUUCUCCAGGAUCAGUUCCAGUGUCUGAGGAGAAUCAUAUGUGAUGGAGCUGCUGACGGAGAAGUGUGUGCUCAGCUUUCCAGGAUCUCUCUGACUCUAAAGAACAUCAACACUGAUGAGGACACAAGAAGUGAUGUCAUCACCCUCGACCUGCUCUCAGCUGAUUGGACACACACAGCGCUCGCCGGUCUGAUCCUCCAGAGCUUCUGUCUGUGCAUACUGGACACAGCGAAGAUCAGUCCUCCAAACAGGACACACACACUGACUCAGACACACUCAUCUCCUGUGUGUGUGUCACAGGGUGCAGGAGCACACGGACACUCUGAUAGCUGUCUGCCAGACCUGCUGUCACUCCUACAGGCGCUGCUGUAUGAAGAGGCCGUCACUCCACAGAAGACUCCAGAUGACGCGCAUCACUUCCUCUGGGACCUGAUUGAGAGCAGGUGCUCUGUGACCCCUGACCCCCAGUGCAUCGCAGAGCAGCUCAGAUACCAGCAGACGCUCCAGAACAUCAGCCGUGUGGUGUGUGUGGUUCCUGCCGCUCUGCUGCUCAGGGUUCAGACUGGCGGAUCAGCUCUGGACUGCAGGAGGAUGAUCAAACACAUCACUGAUGUGCAGGUGUGUGUGUGUGUGUGUGUGUUCAGCACUCGGUGUCCUCUGCUGCUCCUGUCCGCCAUGCGCUGGUGGCCGCGUGUGUCCUCUGUGCUGGUGUGUCAGUGGAGGCGUCUCACCGCUGGAGAACCACUGCCUGAUCAGCUGCAGAUGCUGGAGGACACACACCGCUGGAGCUCACGUGUGUGUGGCGGUCUGUCCUCCUCGGCUCCAGCGGCUCCAUCAUGGCUGCUGGCUGCGGCUCUACAGGCUUCACUGCAGCACUCGGACCCCACAGCGGCUCUCGCUCAGCUCGACCACACACACACACAGGUGCUGCUCUACCUGUUCCUCUACAGUAUAAUAGAGCUGAUCUCUGCACACCUCAGCCAACAGGAGUGUGUGGAGCGUGUCAGAGGCGUGUGCGUGUGUCUCCUCACUCGUCUUCAGGGUCAUUCUGAUUGGCUGCUGCUGUUCGAUCAGUGUGGAUCAGAUCAUGAGCUGUGUGAGUUCAGGACGCGUGUGAUUUCCCAUCAUGCCCUGCGUCUGCUGCCGCUGGCCUUCUACAGUGUUCUGUGUGCGGUGGACUCACAGCUCCUCCAGGGAUUGGUCAGUUCUCCAGGAUUCCUCCACAGCGCCGGCGUCUCCUACAGGAAGCUGAGUGAGCUGUACCUGAGUGCUGAGAGCGCAGGCCGGCCGCAGGUGCUGCAGGACGCGCGGCGUGAACUCCUGAGCUGCAUCUCUCUGAGUUCUCCCGAUGGUCUGACGUGUGCUCAGAGGAAGCAG